AUGACAGAUUCUCCACCACUCGGAAAUGUCUCCUGGAAAGGUGUUGGGGACUAUGGGGAAGAAUACGCCGAGCGUAUUCACAAGUUCAUUGACAAAAUAGACAUCAAAGCCCUAGAAUCCUAUGCCUCGUCAAUUCGAGGGAAUCAGCCAUGCAAAAUUUCCACCGAGUUCUCGGUGGGAAACUUCAACCUCGUGCGCAAGAUCCAGUUCCAUGACGGCGUCGAGUGGAUCGUGAGGCUACUGAUGCCUCCAGUGCCCGUGACAGGCCAGCUCGUCGAGACAGUCUCUCCCAAAGCCCGAGAGAAGCGUCUUCUGAGCAUGCAGUCUGAGCUUGCGACCAUGGAGUUUAUCUAUGCCUAUGAGCUGAAUGAACAAAAUGCCGUUGGAUGCCCCUUUUUCAUGAUGGAAUAUGUCCACGGCAACACCGCCGAGGAGGUGUCCCAGAGCUAUCCUGGCAACCGAGAAGGCAUCCCAGAGCCGUUUCGAGAGAAAUUUUGGCGCCAAAUCGCCAACAUUAUGACCCAGCUUGCUUCCGUCCGCCUACCACGAAUCGGCUCCAUCGUUCAAGGCGCCGCAGGCUCGUUCGUUGCAGGACCUCUGAUCGAGACAGGCUCGGGGCCGUACGAUUCUGCUGCCGAGUUCUACGCCGACUAUCCCCUGGCACUGGGCAACAGUCUCGCAGAGAGAGAAGGGCCAGUCGAUGGACAAGGCGAAGUAAUCCAAGCAUUUUGCUCCCUGGCUGCCUCCUUUCCGCCUCCUGCAGCCAGAGCAGAACGUGGCUCCGCUGAGGAUUUUGGCCUUGCCAAUUACGAUCUUAAUCCGAAUAAUAUCCUUGUCGAUCAGGAGUUCAACGUACUCGCCGUGAUUGACUGGGACUCCGUGGUGUCAGUACCCGAUGCGGCACUUUACCGUUUCCCCUAUUUGAUGGGUGUCAAAUGUGCUGUCCCUGGGGUUGUUAGCACAGAACGCUUGGAAUUGAAACGGGAGGCGCUCAGCCAGCAAUUUGCCGAGGUAGUUGAGGCCUGGGGAAAAGAGCAACUGGAAAAGGAAUUCCGAGGCGUGAACAAGCGGCGCAUGUACCUUUUUACAAAGUCGGGUUUUUUCUCCAAGGAGGCGGUGGCAUUCCGCUCGCUGAUCGCUGUCCGACAUGGGCAGGAUUGGGUCAACGAGGAAUGGAUACAAGGUCUGGCAUGGCUGAGUGAUCGAAAUGAGGAGCAAUUGGCACGUUUCUAUCUUGAGCAGUAA